UCCUGGGCUCCCAUUGGCUGGCGGGUGACAUCUCGCUUAGCGCUCCGGGAGCAAGGGUAACGUGCCUGCAGUUCUUUGAGUCUCCCAGCGAAACUGCCACGCCGAAAUCACGGCUUAUGGUGCACUGCUUUCCGAUCGGUUUUCUGAUCAAAAAGAAUCCGCGCUAAGACCACCCAAACUUGCUGGCAGCACCCAGAUCACCCGCCCGCCCUCGUCUCCUACAAAUACCCUCCCCCACCCACCUCCUCCAUCCUUCUUACAACUCACUCAGUCAUCCACUCAACGCCCAUCAAAUCCAUCGGUUUUAUCCGACUUCCAUCAAUAAAACACAUCAAAUCCAUCAAAUAAACAUCUAAACAAUGGCUAGAACCAAGCAGACUGCCCGUAAGUCCACUGGUGGCAAGGCUCCCCGUAAGCAGCUUGCUUCCAAGGCCGCUCGUAAGGCCGCCCCCUCCACCGGAGGUGUCAAGAAGCCUCACCGCUACAAGCCUGGUACCGUCGCUCUCCGUGAGAUCCGUCGCUACCAGAAGUCCACUGAGCUGCUCAUCCGCAAGCUCCCCUUCCAGCGUCUGGUCCGUGAGAUUGCUCAGGACUUCAAGUCCGACCUCCGCUUCCAGUCCUCCGCCAUCGGUGCUCUUCAGGAGUCCGUCGAGGCCUACCUCGUCUCCCUCUUCGAGGACACCAACCUGUGCGCCAUCCACGCCAAGCGUGUGACCAUCCAGUCCAAGGACAUCCAGCUUGCCCGCCGUCUCCGUGGCGAGCGCUCUUAAAUUCCUUCUUGAGUCGAAAUUAAUUCGGGUUUGACUCUUAUGGGUUGGCGAUACGGUUUUCUUUGCUUUUCUAUCACGACUACUGGCGAGAAAUGAUGGGUUCUGCUUUUUAUCAAUGGGUCAUCAGUACUGGGUUGUCUUAUUUUCUCUCGAGCACUACAUAGCAGAUAGCUAGGAUCGAAGAAACGGCUGGGUGGAUUUGGUCAUGGGCGUAUCCCAAACAUCAUGUACAUUAGUGGAAAGCUCUUCCAAAGAAAUGGUGUCCUAUCGAGCGCACCUCAUGACAUAGACGCCGAAAUGCGAGUUUCUACGUCUUGAAUAAUUCAACCCAGUUCCAUC